AUGCCAAGUACGUCGAGAUCGGCCUUUGUCAUCGCCGGAGGAGCCGUAGUGGGCGUCAUUGGCGGUAGCGCUCUGCUCGGUAGCAGCGGAUCGGACAAACGCAAGGCCUUACUCGCAUCGAAGAAUAAGGCAGCUACAAACGAGACGCCCAAUGUUGUGCACGACAAGGCGAAAGAGGUAGCUCAGCAGACGGCUGCUGGCGAUCCCUCCCAACCGGAAGAAGGCGAACAGGACUCGUCAGCGGCGUUCAACCCCGAGACGGGCGAAAUCAACUGGGAUUGCCCCUGCCUUGGUGGCAUGGCUCAUGGCCCUUGCGGUGCCGAAUUUAAGGAAGCAUUCUCUUGCUUUGUAUUCAGUGACGAGACGCCCAAGGGCGCAGGCUGCAUUGACAAAUUCAAGGGCAUGCAAGACUGUUUCCGAGCUCAUCCCGAUCAUUAUGGCGCAGAUAUGAUCGGCGAGGAAGACGGGGAUGAAGACUCGUCAGAAGGCUCGUCCGAGCCUGGCAUGAUCGACAAGGCCCACGACACAUACGAAUCUCUGACGGAGGCCGCAGAGGGCGCGCUUGGCCGCGUGUCUUCAGUCUUCAGUAGUGGGGACACGACUGCAGGCCGAGAUGAUGAGCACAAAUCGCAGCACAAGCAACAAGGGUCUUCGCCGUCUCUCAAUGCGACGACAGGAGACGUGCACGCUGGCGGCUCGCAGAUGCAUUCCACUACCGCUAGUAGAAGUGGCAAAGAUGCGCUCCAUCCCGAAAAGACGCCGAACACGACGGGCGGUAGGAAGGAUCCCACGGGGCGCAACGCGGCCAAAGGAAAUCAGCCCAGCGGGUCUAGUUCCUCCGCGCAAGACAAAUUCAAAGCGAGCGUUGAGAGCACAAGAAGUGGGCAAGAUAAAGAUCAAGCAGGCAGUGCAGCUAGCCGUCACAAAACUGCCUGA